AUGCUUUUGUUUCAAUUAAUUUUCGCAGCCACUGCCCUCUCUUCAGCCGUAAAUUGGAAGAGAGCUAGUCCCUUUGGUGAUUUCACCGGUUCCAAUUGUAAUAGUGCGUGCGUUAACGCUGGGAAGACUCUUGCUAAUUCUUGUGCAAAAGAACUCCAAGACACUACCGACUACGUGAGUUAUGUGAAAUGCUUCUGUAAUCAAAAUAGUGGCUUCUGGGACAAUGUGGCCAAGUGUGAUUGUGCUGAUGGUGCCAAUUCAGGUUUAACGGGUAGCGAACUUAGAGCGCAAAUUUGUGAAGAUUCGGGAAUUUUCUCUGCGUUGUCUGAGUUUUCAGAUCUUAGCAUCAAUUUCAGUCUUACUGAUUCUCUAGAUCUUACUGCCACAAACGAAAACACAGAUGCUACAGAAACCAAUGAAACUGAUGACUCUGACACUGACUCUGACACUGGCACUGGCACUGCUGAGGACACUGACACUGGCACUUCUGGAAGUGGUACCGCUAAGUCUUCGGGAAGUGGAACAAAAGACAGUUCUGGUAGUGGAACAACUACUAGCACUGGCACAUCUGCUACAUCUGGAAGCACUACAACUACUAGAACGACUGGCACGUCUGCUACUUCUGAAAGCGAGACUUCGGCAACCACCAACGGAGCUAAAGGUCUCACCUGCGGAAUUCUGUUGUACUUAUUGGCUCUUUUUAUUUUGUGA